CUAAAAAAUAAAAAAGAAGAAGAUAGAAGUAAAGCAGCCAAAAAUUUAAAACUUUAUGUAAUUUCACAAAGUAGAGAAAUGACAAAUGAAAAUUUUGGUAAAUUUAUGAAAAAUGUAAAUGAUUUAAUAUUUGAAUUAUUAAAUUCAAGUGGUAUACCAGAGAAAAUUGGUGGAAUUAUGGCAAUCGACGAAUUAAUAGAUGUAGAUUAUGAUGAAAAUGCUACUAAGAUUACAAAAUUAGCAAAUUAUUUACGUAUAGGUUUAGGAUUUAACGAUUUUACAGUAAUGUUGAUGGCAUCAAAAGCAUUAGGUAGAUUAGCAAGAUCAAAUGGUACAUUAACAGCAGAGUGUGUCGAAUUUGAAGUCACAAGAGCACUCGAAUGGUUAAGUGGUGAUAGAAUAGAAGCUAGAAGACAUGCUGCUGUGUUGGUUUUAAAAGAAUUAGCACAAAAUGCACCAACACUUUUUUAUGUACAUUGUAGCUCUUUUAUAGAUUUAAUUUGGGUUGCACUAAAAGAUCCAAAGGUUGCCAUUAGAGAAGGUGCUGUCGAAGCACUCAGAGCUUGCUUAGAUUUAAUUUCAGAAAGAGAAUCACGUCUUCGUCUUCAAUGGUACCAAAAAAUUUAUGAUGAAGCUCAAAAAUCUUUUAAAGCAAAUGGCUCACCCGAAUCAAUUCAUGGCUCAUUAAUCACAUUAUCAGAAUUAUUAAGAAAAACUGGUGAUUUUAUGCAUUCAAAAUAUAAAGAUGUUUGUGAUACUGUAUUAAAAUAUAAAGAUCAUCGUGAUAAAUUAGUUAAAAAAACUGUAUUGGUAUUAUUCCCAAGAUUAGCAAUUUUUAAUCCAAAAGAAUUUGUAUUAAAUUAUUUUAAUGCAUGUAUGAUACAUUUAUUAGCAGCUUUACGUAAUCAAAAUGAAAGACCAACAGCAUUUAUUUCAUUAGGUGAAAUUGCAAUGGCAGUUGGUGGAGCAAUUAAACCAUAUUUAGAUUCAAUUGUUGUAAUGAUUAAACAAGGUUUAUCAACAAAAGGUAAACAAUUUUGUCCAGAAGUUCUUACAUGUAUUUCAAUGUUAGCAUCAGCAGUAGGUCCAUCAAUGUAUCCAAAUAUGCAAUCAAUUUUACCACAAAUGAUUCAGUCAUCAGGUCUUACCAUUACUUUAACUGAAUCACUUAGAGAUUUAUCAAUCAAUUUACCAACACUUAUCCCACAUAUCCAAUCUAAACUUUUAAUGUUAAUAAGUCAAGUUUUAGCAAAUAAACCAUUUAGUGAACCAGGUGCUCCAUCACCAUACAGAAAGAGUGCAACUCCAUUCCAGGGUGGUUCGGUACCACAGUUAGGCCAAAACUCUGAUGUUGACCCACAAAUGAUUGCUUUAGCUUUAAAAACUUUAGGUUCAUUCGAUUUCUCAAAACAUAAUCUUUUAGAGUUUGUUAGAGAAUGUGUUGUAAAUUAUUUAGAUGACGAUAAUAUCGAAAUUCGUAGAGAAGCCGCAAUUACUUGUGCUCAAUUAAUGGUACGUACCGAAGAGCCAGCCCCAACUCGUGGUCAUUCUGCUGUUAUUGUUGGUGAAGUUUUAGAAAAACUUUUAGUUGUUGGUAUUGCUGAUCCAGAUCCAUCCAUCCGUAAAACUGUUUUAAGUUCAUUAGAUCCACGUUUCGAUCAUCACUUGGCUCAAGCUGAAAACCUUCGUUCUCUUUUUAUUGCUUUAAAUGACGAACUUUUUGAAAUUAGAGAACUUGCAAUUACUGUUAUUGGUCGUCUUACAAUUAGAAAUCCAGCUUAUGUUAUGCCAUCACUCCGUAAAACUUUAAUUCAACUACUUACUGAAUUGGAAUUCAGUGGUGAUGGUAAAAAUAAGGAAGAAAGUGCACGUUUAUUGGGUCAUUUAAUUUCCGCUUCAGAAAAAUUAAUUAAACCUUAUGUAGAACCAAUUCUCAAAGCUUUAUUACCAAAACUUCGUGAUUCAAAUCCACGUGUAGCAUCAUGUGUUUUAGCAGCAUUGGGUGAACUUUCAGUUGUUGGUGGUGAAGAAAUGUCACAACAUAUAGAUCAAUUGGUACCAUUAAUUAUUGAUACUCUCCAAGAUCAAAGCUCAACAUCCAAAAGAGAAGUAGCACUUAAAACACUUGGUCAAUUGGCUUCAUCAACUGGUUAUGUUAUUAAACCUUUCAGCAAAUAUCCAAUGCUUUUAGAUAUUUUAUUAAAUGCUAUCAAAACUGAAAGAAUUCCAUCAAUUAGAAGAGAAGUUAUUAAAGUAUUAGGUAUUUUAGGUUCAUUAGAUCCAUAUAAACAUAAGAUGAACGAAUUAGGUAAACGUAGAGAAGAUCAAAAAACAAAUGACGACAAGGCAUUAAAUGAAGUAAUUACAAUUUCACCAUCAUCUGAAGACUAUUACCCAACUGUUGCUUUAACUGCAUUAAUGAAAAUUUUAAGAGAUCCAUCAUUAAAUUCUCACCACACAAGUGUUAUCCAAGCUGUAAUGUAUAUAUUCAAGAGUCUUUCAUUGAAGAGUAUUCCAUUUUUACCACAAAUUAUGCCACCAUUCCUCCAUGCUAUGAAUACAGGUGAACCGUUAUUCCGUGAAUUUGUUUUCCAACAAUUGGGCUCAUUGGUUUCAAUCGUUAAACAACAUAUCCGUGACUAUUUAGGUAGUGUUUUUGAUUUAAUCGAAAAAUAUUGGAAUUCAAAUCUUUUAAUCCCAAUCAUUAAAUUAGUAGAGGAGAUUUCAUCAGCUCUUAAUGACGAGUUCAAAGUUUAUUUACCAAAUUUAAUUCCACAAAUGUUAAAUGUACUUCAUACCGAUCGUAAUAAUAAAAGACCAGCAACCAUCAAAGUAUUAAAAGCUCUUGAGGUUUUUGGAACCAAUUUAGAUGAUUACCUUCAUUUGGUAAUACCAGCAGUCGUUAAAUUAUUUGAACAAGUAGAUGUUACCUCUCAAGUCAGAAUUUUAGCUAUUCAAACCAUUGGUAGACUUUGUAAAAAACUUAAUUUCUCUGAUUACGCAUCUCGUAUUAUUCAUCCAUUAGCUCGUGUUUUAGAUAGUUCAGAUACUGAAUUAAGAGAAGAAACAUUAAAUACUUUAUGUGCAUUAGUAUUCCAAUUGGGUAGUGAUUACGCAAUUUUCAUUCCAAUGGUUGGUAAAGUAUUAGCCAAACGUGAAAUUCAAAGUGCCAAUUAUGAAUUACUUAUUAGUAAACUCUUAAAGAAUCAACAAUUAAUGUGGUCACCAGGUUCAGGCGAAGAAGGUUUCAAUAAUACCAGAUUUACAGAUAAUGGUAUCCAUAAUGAAGAUAAUUCAAGUUCAACUCCAUUCGAAAUUGGUGUAAAGAAAUUAAAAGCAAAUGAACAACAUCUUAAGAAUGCAUGGGAGACCUCACAACGUUCCACUAAAGAAGAUUGGAGCGAAUGGAUUCGUAGAUUCUCUGUCGAAUUACUUCGUGAAUCACCAUCACCAGCUUUACGUUCAUGUUUAUCAUUAGCCCAAGAUUAUCAUCCAUUGGUUAAAGAAUUAUUCAACGCUGGUUUCGUAAGUUGUUGGACUGAGCUUCAUGAACAAUUCCAAGAAGAGUUGGUGAGAAGUUUAGAGGUUGCAUUGCUUUCACCAAAUAUUCCACCAGAAAUCCUUCAAACCUUAUUAAAUUUAGCCGAAUUUAUGGAGCUUCACGAAAAACCAUUACCAAUCGAUAUUCGUACACUUGGUGCACUCGCUGAAAAGUGUCAUGCAUAUGCUAAAGCUUUACAUUACAAAGAAGCAGAAUUCCAACAGUCACCAUCAUCAACCAUCGAGGCUUUAAUUAGUAUUAAUAAUCAACUUCAACAACCAGAGGCUGCUAUUGGUAUUUUAAUUUAUGCUCAAAAGAACCAUAGUGUUGAAUUAAAAGAAUCAUGGUAUGAAAAAUUACGUCGUUGGGAAGAUGCGUUAGCUGCUUAUGAAAAGAAGCAAAAAACAGAUGUAAAUGUUGGCAUUGAAAAUACAUUAGGUAUUAUGAGAUGUCUUCAUGCAUUAGGUGAAUGGGAAAGAUUAUCACAACUCUCUGUAGACACAUGGAAAUCAGAAAAUAUUGGCGAUAACACACGUGUAACCAUUGCCCCAUUAGCUGCCGCUGCUGCAUGGAAUCUUUCUAACUGGGAAAGAAUGGAAGAGUAUGUAAGAGGUAUGAAUCAAGACACUGUUGAAGGCUCAUUUUACCGUGCUAUUCUCGAAGUUCACCAUGACAAUUUCGAUAAUGCCCAAAUAUUAAUUGAACAUGCUCGUGCCCUUGUCGAUACAGAGUUAACUGCCUUACUUGGUGAAUCUUAUAAUAGAGCAUACAAAGUAGUCGUUCGUCUUCAACAAUUAUCAGAACUCGAAGAAAUUAUUGAAUACAAGAAAUGUUCAGAUAAUCCAGAACGUAGAAAUAUGAUCAAGAACACAUGGAAAACUCGUUUAAGAGGUUGUCAACACAAUGUAGAUAUUUGGCAAUCAAUUUUAGCUGUUCAUAGUUUGGUUAUUUCACCACACGAAGAGUUGGAUAUGUGGCUUAAGUUUGUAGGUUUAUGUAGAAAAGGUUCUCGUUUAGGUUUAGCUCAAAAAACAUUAGCAAUGUUAAUGGGUAAAGAUCCAGCUACAAGCCAAUUUGGUGGAAUUUUACCAAAUACCCAUCCAAGAAUUACAUUUGCCUAUAUCAAACAACUUUGGAGUGCUGGAGCUAAACAGCCAGCAUUUGAAAAACUUCGUACAUUUGUUCAAGCCCUCAGAGACACUGACGAUCUUCCAUUACAAGGUCGUGCAUACUUGAAAUUAGGUGAAUGGCAAUUAGCAUUGGGUGAUACAUUGAAUGAAUCAUCUAUUCCACAUAUUAUUGCAUCAUUUAAAGCUGCCACAGAGUGCGAUCCAAAUUGGUAUAAAGCUUGGCAUUCAUGGGCUCUUAUUAAUUUCGAAGUUGUUUCACAUUACGAACAAAAUGGUGGAUCAGUUGAACAAAUUGGUAAUCAUUUACUCCCAGCAGUUCAUUCAUUCUUUAAAUCAAUUUCAUUGGCCCCAGAUCGUAGUCUUCAAGAUACUCUUCGUCUUUUAACUCUUUGGUUUAAACAUGGUGCUCAAAAAGAAGUUGAAGCUGCUCUCAUGCAAGGUUUUAAUACAAUUUCAAUUGAUACCUGGCUUCAUGUUAUUCCACAAAUUAUUGCUCGUAUUCAUGCUCCUGUACUUCCAGUUCGUCGUUUACUUCACGAACUUAUUGAUAUUAUUGGUAAAGAACAUCCACAAGCUCUUGUUUAUCCAUUAACUGUAGCUACUAAAUCACAAUCACCUGCACGUCUCGCUGCUGCCAAAACUCUUAUGGAUAAAAUGAGAAAACACUCUGCCACUUUAGUCGAUCAAGCUCUCCCAGUAAGCCAAGAGUUGGUUAGAACUGCUAUUCUUUGGUUAGAAAUGUGGUAUGAAGGUUUAGAAGAAGCUUCACGUCAAUAUUUCGGUGAUCAUAAUCCAGAGGCUAUGUUGGCCACAUUAGCCCCACUUCACCAAAUUCUUGAAAAAGGUCCUGAAACCACAUCUGAAACAUCAUUCCUUCAAGCUUUUGGAAGAGAUUUACAAGAAGCUUUGGAAUGGAGUAAAAAAUAUGAAAAGACACGUAAAGAAGGUGAUCUUAAUCAAGCUUGGGAUCUUUAUUAUCAAGUCUUUAGAAGAAUUUAUAAACAAUUACCUCAAAUGUCAUCAUUGGAGCUUCAAUAUGUUUCACCAAAACUUUUAAAUUCAAACAAUAUGGAGUUAGCAGUACCAGGUACAUAUAAAGCAGGCGAACCAAUUGUCAGAAUUCAAUCUUUCUCACCAACUCUCUCAGUUAUUCCAUCCAAACAACGUCCAAGAAAACUUACUAUUAUUGGUAGUGAUGGUUUAGAAUAUACUUUCCUUUUAAAGGGUCACGAAGAUCUUCGUCAAGAUGAACGUGUUAUGCAAUUGUUCAGUUUAGUCAAUACAUUAUUAGCAGCUAACCAUGAAACCGCAAAAUCACAUCUUUCAAUUCGUCGUUUCGCUGUUAUCCCAUUAUCACCAAAUUCUGGUCUCAUUGGUUGGGUACCACACAGUGAUACCUUACAUACUCUUAUUAAAGAUUUCCGUGAUAGCAACAAAAUUCUUUUAUCAAUUGAACAUCGUUUAAUGCUCCAAAUGUGCUCAGAUUACGAUAACCUCACAUUGUUACAAAAGGUCGAAGUAUUCGAAUUUGCUUUAGAAAACUCAAAUAGUUUAGAUCUCCACAAGGUACUUUGGUUAAAAUCUAGAAAUUCAGAAGUUUGGUUAGAUAGAAGAACAAAUUAUACUCGUUCGUUGGCUGUUAUGAGCAUGGUUGGUUAUAUUUUAGGUUUAGGUGAUCGUCAUCCAUCCAAUCUCAUGUUAGAUCGUCACACAGGUCAUAUUUUACAUAUCGAUUUUGGUGAUUGUUUCGAAGUAGCUAUGCACCGUGAUAAAUAUCCAGAAAAGAUUCCAUUCCGUCUUACUCGUAUGCUUAUUAAUGCUAUGGAAGUUUCAGGAAUUGAAGGUAACUUUAGAAUUACUUGUGAAGCUGUAAUGACAGUAUUAAGAAACAAUAAAGAAUCUUUAAUGGCCGUUUUAGAAGCUUUCGUUCACGAUCCAUUAAUCAACUGGCGUCUUUUAACACCAAACGAAAAUAACAAUAUCAACAAACAUAAACAAAAUAACUCGAAUGCCAAGAUCGAAAGUGAUUUAAUUGAAGACUCACCAGAAACCACUGGCUCACUCAAAUCCUCACCUGUACAUAGACAAAUUGCUCGUAACCAAAGAGUUGGUGUUGAUGAACAGGUCGAAGCUGAAAUUGUUCCAGAAGCAUUAAAUGAAAGAGCUCUUUCUGUUAUUAAUCGUGUAAAUAAAAAAUUAACUGGUAGAGAUUUCAAUUCAAAUGAAACUUUAGAUGUUCCCGACCAAGUUCAAAAACUUAUUGACCAAGCUACUUCUCAUGAAAAUUUAUGUCAAUUAUAUAUUGGUUGGUGUAGUUUUUGGUAAAAAGUUUGAAAAACAAUUAAUAAUAGAAUUUAAAAUUAUAUAAAAACCACCAAAAUAAAAUAAUUAAUAAUUUGUUUUAAUAGUAAAAAUAAAAUAAUAAAGUAAAAAUAAUAAAAUUUUUAAAUUAAAAUGU